UGUGGCCCUGGGAAGGAGCCUACUUCCUACUGUGUGGAACAGGGCAGCCGCCUCCGCUUCACUAGGCUAUCUGAGUCAGGCUGGUCCCGUGUGUAAAUGAGGAGGAGUGUGGGCCCCGGGCAGACAGCAGGCACCCAGAAACAGGAGGUGCCAUCCGAACGAUGACCGAGUGGAGUGCAUGUGGGCCCCAUCCAGGCCCACCUCACCCCACCCUCCACCAGGCACCAGGCAGGCCUCAGGCCUGUCCGCUUCCCUGUCUGCCCCCCUCCAGGUUCGUGUUCACUAGAGGUUGAGCUGGGGGUCUGGUUGAGCUGGGGUCUUCGGAAGGGAACAGUGCAGGCCAGCUGUCACAACGAGUCACUACUGUGACACCGGCCUGCCUUUGUCCCGUUUCCAUAACCAGAGCCUCACCUCCUGCUGGAUGCUGUCCUGCACCUAAAGGACUCCUCCUCAUAGCAGCCACGGGGUCUGCGGAAAAUCUGCGAUCGUACCGCAGCCCCCGGCGCCCGCCACCCCGACUCAUAGACCCUCCAUGACUCAGUUGCUCUGUAGCCCACUCUCUCGCCCUGAUUCCCGAGUCCCCUGUGGCCUCCCUGCUUCUGGUUGCCUGUUGCUCACCCAUUCUCUGCAAUACCAACCUCCGCCAUACCUGGAACCCACCUAGCACAUUCCCACCUCCGGGCCUUUGCACCCACCCUUCUCCCCAUCCUUUCAUGGCGGGUGUACUCUCCUCCCUGUGUUUCCCUUCCCAGAAAGCCUCUUCUGGCCCCUCUGCUCAAAGCAGCUUUCUCCCCCUUUCUCCCCCACCGCCUCCCCCUGUAAAAUUCCGUCGUUAGAGUCUUCUGUCCCUGACACUGUGACGUGUCUGUCCUCUCCCUCACCAGACUGGGCGGUGCAGAAGGUCAGGCUGGGUCUGUCUCCUCCCUGCCCUUGUAUCCCCGACACCUUGUCACAUAGAGGGAAAUGCAGAAAUCAUUGGAGUAGGGCUGAAAAACUUACACCAACUGAAUGCAGCUGGUCCAGGGAACAGAACACUCCAGCCCCCUGACCUGCACUAUCCUGUCACAGCACCUGCUUAGCGUGGCCACUGUGCUCAUGUCCAUCACUGGAGCCUCCUGCCUCGUGCCCUGCACAUUCAGCACGCACCACCACCUCCCCCCAGCAGUUCCGAUCACCAUCACGCCAACAUCUGGAGAACUGGCCGCCAGAAAAAGGACACUCCACCCAGCCUGGGACAUGGGGAGGAAAAAAAUUCAGAUCUCACGUAUUCUGGACCAAAGGAAUCGGCAGGUAACAUUUACCAAGCGGAAGUUCGGGCUGAUGAAGAAGGCCUAUGAGCUGAGCGUGCUCUGUGACUGUGAGAUCGCCCUCAUCAUCUUCAACAGCUCCAAUCGCCUCUUCCAGUAUGCCAGCACAGACAUGGACCGGGUGCUUCUGAAGUACACGGAGUAUAGCGAGCCGCACGAGAGCCGCACCAACACCGACAUCCUCGAGACACUGAAGCGGAGGGGUGUGGGCCUUGACGGACCCGAGCUGGAGCCAGACGAGGGGCUUGAGGGGCCAGGAGAGAAGCUGCGUAGGCUGGCAGGUGACGGCGGUGACCCAGCCCUGCCCCGGCCCCGGCUCUAUCCCGCAGCCCCCACUAUGCCCAGCCCGGAUAUAGUAUAUGGGGCGCUGCCCCCACCGGCCUGCGAACCCACUGGACUUGGGGAGGCCCUGCCUGCCCAGAGCCGCCCAUCCCCUUUCCGGCCAGCAGCCCCCAAAGCUGGACCCCCAGGCCUGGCGCACCCUCUCUUCUCGCCGAGCCAUCUCGCCAGCAAGACACCACCCCCCCUGUACCUGGCAGCAGACGGGCGGAGGCCAGACCUGCCUGGCGGCCUGGCGGGGACCCGAGGGGGACUGAGCAGCUCGAGAGGCCUCUACGGUGGCCUGCAGAGUCCCUGCUCCGCCGCCGCCCCCGGACCCCCGCUCGGGAGCUUCCCCUUCCUCCCUGCAGGCCCCCCAGAAUAUGGCCUGGGGGAUCCGCCUCCACCCCCAGGCUUGCUGCAGCCCCCCACCCUGGCCCCCUGGCAGCCCUCCAGGGCUGAUGGGCCCCCGGCAACCCCCACGCAGCCUAGGUAA